CAGGAAGUGAGAAACAUGAGACUAUAUUUCCGUGUGUUUAUUCACAGCCAUUUCACCACGGAGCAACUCUAGGACCAUAGAUCCAUCGCAACACAGAGCAUGGAAGCAAGGCUGCCAGAGUCCACUGCUGAUGUAAACCAAGACUAUAUGCUCAACAUAAUAACUGUUGAGGCGUUUGCCCAUGCUUUGACUGACAGUAUAAUACAAGGGUUCGCAAGUGAAAUAAUGGAGGCUGAAGGGAACCAUCCAGUGUCCAGAUUCAGGGCGAACCAGAUGAUCUUCGCAGAUGAGCUCGCGUCAGCUGUGGUCGCUCUGUCCCUGAGUGAAGCCUGCCAGUCCCUAAACACAAGGGAUCACACUGCAGAGUGCCAUUCCCGCUCCUCCAAAAUGGAUGUGAGCAAGACACAGCCAAGGCCUGAUCCUCCUCUUGUUGGCUCCCUCGACUACCCCGACGCCCCUCCUUGCACUCCGUUGCUGCAUGAGCGGGAGACGAGCAGAGACAGCUUUGUGAGGAAGUUAAAGGGAGGCCUGGCAAAGGAAUUUGUACCCUCACCUCCUCCAUCCACCCCUAAAGACCUGGAGAACCCCGGUGCUGAUGCCCAGCAGCCGGAGCUCAUGAAGCAGCUGAUGCACUCGCUGGCCACAGUCGCAGAUAACUGUCCAGCAGAACCAGAUGACGGUGCUGUGAUUGACACUUUUGCAGAGACUGUCUCCAGCAACAUCAUUAGAUGCUGCAUGCAUGUGGACGAUAUUGUUCAAGCCUAGCAUUAUAACCAGAAGAAGGCCAUGCAGGCACAGGGAGUCCUCACAAACCUCAGACAGGACUCAGAUUUGCACACAACUCAAGGAUUCUAACCCAAAUUGCUGCUGCGUGGCUGCAGCACUGACCACAACGUAACUGUGUCUCUGGGGAUGUAACAUAAAUACAUAAAAUUGUAUACCAACAUUGCCAUCUGUGUUUACAUCAGAGCAAUAACAUACGCCGUUGGAGUGGUUGGAUCAAACCCACAGACGCGUCCACGUGCUCAGCCCAGCGACCCAACAACGCAGUUUUGGCUUUGUAAAAAGUAAGACAGAACAAUUGAUAUGGGAAAAUAUGAAUGUCAAAUUAUGGUUUGAUGGUUAAUCAUUCUUAAUUGACGUUUCCUUACUUCUGUUUGUUCAAGUUACGAUGCAAAAAAAAAAAAAAAAUUACCCAUUAAUCUUACCACACCAGUCGCUGUCAUUGAUAAUAAUUGUAGUAGCCGUGUGUGUCCUGUAGAUGUCAGCAGACAUUGAGGUAAUUUGACUGUGGCGCCGUCUGAGGAAAUACGGUCCC